AUAAUCAUGAAUAAAAAUAAACAUGAGAACUACUUUUGUCUAGAGAUGCAUAAUGACUGCUUCGUACUCCAGCUCCUAGUCUGGUGCGACUUUGCCCGUUAUGGUUGGAUCACGUGUUCGAAAUCUUUCAAGUGUACAAGGAUGGGAGACUGGAACCAGACAAUGUACAUCCGUGUCACGCGUAUCGUGUCAUCCGCGUGAAUCACUGAACUGAUAUGUGUGCAAUGAUGAUGACGAUCAUGACAUCGUUUGGUUGUAUGUACAUGUAAACCUCCGUAAUUUUCCAGUCUUGGUAAGCGGCCGGUAGAUUUGCUAACGUUAGAUUUGCUGCUGUAUCCUCAGUAAAUCCUCCAUUUAGCGCUCCCUCCCUUUUUGGUUGGAACUUUAUCGUCAGAUGGUGAAACUCCAAGAGUUUUUCUAAAUUCUAGCUUUCGUCUGCACGUCUGGUUGCUUUAUUGUUUUGUUUUGUGCAACGUUAUUUCACAAAACUGUGUAACUUAGCUUUUAGCUGAGCUGAGGUUCGCGCGAGGCAUUUCGUGGAAAAGUGGUGAAAUCAACUGCUAUAAAUAGACAUUUGUUCGUCUGCUGUGCCUGCAACGGAUCUCAGACAAAUCUCAAAGAGAAAAUGGAUGCCUUUUCCUGGUUGAGGGACAAAGCCAAAGGGAAGAAUAAUAACCGAUCACAGAACAUGAUGGGUGAGAACCAGUCAACACAGAUGGGUCUGUCCUUCCAGCCAAAGAAACAUGCCAUCACAGAGGACUAUGAAAUCACCAAGAAGGUCUUGGGACUCGGAAUCAACGGCAAGGUGCUGGAGUGUCACAACAAACAGACGGGUCAUAAAUAUGCUCUCAAAGUUCUUCUGGAGAACCAGAAGGCGCAGAGAGAGGUUGACCUCCAUGUGAGAGCAUGCAAGAACUAUAACAUAGUCGGCAUUGAGGACGUGUAUGAGAACAUCUACAAUGGUCAUAGGUGUCUGCUGGUUGUCAUGGAAUGCAUGGAGGGCGGUGAACUGUUCAGCAGGAUACAGGAAAAAUCAUUAUUUACAGAGAGAGAGGCGGCAGAGAUCGUCCGCAACAUCGGCAUGGCCAUUCAGCACCUCCACUCCAUGAACAUUGCACACAGAGACCUGAAACCUGAGAAUUUGUUGUACAAGGAUAAGAGUAAGAACUCGGUCCUGAAGCUGACGGACUUUGGCUUUGCCAAGAUGACUACCACCGCCACACUACAGACGCCUUGCUACACGCCCUAUUACGUGGCCCCUGAAGUUCUUGGCCCCGAGAAGUACGACAAGAGCUGUGAUAUGUGGUCGCUAGGAGUAAUCAUGUACAUCUUGCUGUGUGGAUUCCCGCCGUUCUACAGCAACCACGGCCUUGCCAUCUCCCCGGGCAUGAAGCGACGGAUCCGCAACGGUCAGUACGAGUUCCCAAAGCCCGAGUGGGACCAGGUGUCUCAAGAGGCCAAGAAUCUCAUCAACCAGCUGCUGAAGACGGAGCCCGCUGACCGGCUGACCAUCACAGAGUUCAUGAAUCAUCCAUGGGUCAAGAGGUACAAUGAGGUUCCUGAGACACCGCUCUGCUCGGUGCAAGUCAUGAAGGAAGAGAAGGACCAGUGGGAAGACCUGAAUGACGAGAUGACAAAUGCCUUGGCCACAAUGCGAGUUGACUACGAUCAGAUCAAGAUCAAGGACAUGAGUGAUGCCACCAACCCUCUCCUGAUGAAGAGGCGUGUCCAGAAGGAACAGCAAGUCAAGUCGUGAUCACAGAGUUUUAGUGCACACCUCCUCAAGAUAUCUAAACACAUAACCCCUUCACCCCUUUUAUCCAAGAUCCUGGACUCGGCAUGUCAAGAUGACCAGGCAUUGCCUAAGCAUUGCCUAUCCCUUCUCUCAAAGACUUUGGUGCCAAAGUAAUCCAAUCAUUGGAGACACAGAAAUGCGCUGACAUUCAAACACCAUUGCUUCUGUGCGCCUGGUGCCCACACAAAAACCUGAUAUGUUUGUGCACAUUUAGUUGGAAUCGAAGAUGUGUCCAAAUUGCUAUGCUGUGGCUUGAAACUCCAUAUGAAUCUAUCUGCCUUGAGCAGAAGCACCCCCUCACCUGUUGAAAGGAGCCAUGUUGGUCAGGAGUGUUCAUUUUGUUGGUAGCUAUGCGACCGUACCGGUAUGCAUUUCAUCGUCAUUCUCAAACCAGUGAAGUUCAGUUCUGACCAAAGGAGCCUGUGUUGCUAAGACAAUUGCUCCCUCUUGUGGUCCAGCUCGAGGCUCAUAUGGUAGAGGCUCUAGCCACUGCCUUCAGUCAUGCCAAAUUUCAAGCCAUCAUAGCCUUACUUGUGCAUCUUUCAGAAGCAAGUGAUGCGCGCCUGUGAUGUAUCAAACCUAGGAUAGUUGGUUGCUAAGUAACACACCAACCUCUUAUUUGUGUACGAAGUCUGUAACCUUCACUCAGGGAAAUGCAAUCCCUAAGCUUAACCCCCCCCAGUCACUCUCUUUCCCUGUCCGUGAUUCUUUGUAAUUUGUGAUGUUUAAUUUCUAGACUGAGCCAAGUCUUUGAAGAUCCACACUCCCUUAUUCCAUUUUUUAAACAAACUGUCACCUCCUAUGACAGUCAUUUUUCAGUUGCUAAGGCCCACCUUUCUGUAAUAGAUCCAUAAGAUAUAAAGUUUAGUUCUUUCAAAGAUUUUGUAUGGCUCCUUCAAUCCGAUACAGAUGUUCCUUUUAAGCCCUAAUCUUGUGAGGAACAAAAGAAGACAUACCUAUUUGUAUGUAAUUUGAGUACUUUUGUCAGGCAAAAGAGAGAUGUUUGUGACAAAUGACAGCUGUGUGUGGAUAGCUGUACUUUGUUCAGAAAUCGUGCGGUGUAUUUUUUGUUAAGCCGAACUUUUUUAGUCUAGUUCUUGCCUCAGAAUCGUGCGUGUCAGCUGGCAAAUGUGAAGCAGGAACUAGGCUGAAUCCAAAAAUAAAACAAAUAAAAGUUGUAGCAUUUCAGCACAAUAUACACCAUACUAUUUUCCAAAUUUUGUAUCAUGUUUUAAUGGACAGGAAAUUUAUUGCCUUUUACAAAUCUCCAUUGAAAUGUUUUUAUGUAUACGAGGGUAAAAGAAGUAUCUUUUUAAAAGUACCCCUCAAAUAAAACGCACAGGUUUUCCUUACAGAAUUUCUCUGCGAGAAUUUCAGUGUGUGUAGAAGUGACAACAUGAUGCCUGUGUAAAUAGUAUAUACUUGUGAUCAACAUCAGAAUUGGAUGAUGCUUGGGACGUUCAGGCAACUGUGAGAGCAGGUGUAUUAUACCCAGCCAGCAUGGUAUUGGAGAGGGCGGGGCUUGAUGAAUCACUCUAUUGCCAAAUUGGAAACAAGUCUGGACUUGUUUCUAGAUAUCUCUGCAGGCGAACUUUUUUUUUCCUGCGUAGACCCAUCACUGGAUGAUUCUUCUCUGUUAAAAUCAAGUAACAUUUUGUGUUGGACUUGUGUCCAAAAACCACAGAUCCAUGUCUAAAGCCAUGACCAGGCGAUUCACAAUACAGUGUACCAGCAAGAGGUUGCCAUGGAGAGGCCGUGUUUUCGAGUUUGUGGUCGGCAAAUGCAUGAGCGCCUUGCUGCAAUUUGCAUUUGAGUGUAUCAGUGGACAGUGCAGGGGUUUUUGAAAUGUGUGCGAAUUUGACUGAAGAUUGGUUUAGAUGAUCAGAGGGGCAAUAGGAAUCUUUAUUAAAGCCCCAGGUUCCUCCACUUGCCAGUCUAGGAAUAAACCCUCCUUAGGGCUCAUUCUGCCUUGCCGUCUAUCCAUGAGAAGGGUCUGUACGUCAGUAUGCAAAUUAAGUGGACUUUUCUUUUAUUAACAAGUGAGUAACAUGCAGAUAAUUCUGCCAAGGUGUGCCAGUUGAGAGGAAUGUGAUAAGCAUUAGACACAAUAUAGAUAUACAACUAUAGUUCAUUGGUAACAGUGAUCUCAUAUUGCAGGUCCUUGUAUUGCCAGUCACAAAGACGCGCUGUGAAUAUUUCUGUUCUCUUUCUGCCAGUUAAGAAAAUGUUUCUUUGUUGACCUUUGAAACCUUUUUUUGCUGGAUGCAUAAGGAAUGCUGAAUAAAGCUGUGAGAGUAUUUUAUUGGAAAUCUAUUUGGAAUCGUGGCUAUGUUCAUGAUUGCACAUGCUUAGCAUAAUAUAUGACAGGAUUAAUCAAUGUCACUCAGAUUACAUGAAGCAUGUUAUGCACCUAAAUGUGUAGACUUGAUUCCAGUCGUUGAAUCUAGUAUUUUUUGCAGUGCCAAUGUUGCAAGGAUGCUGUGUGCAGUUACUGCUCUGUGAUUUUGUUCCUGCAUCCAGUUUUCAGUUGCAACUUUUAUAUAGAUGUUUUAGUGUCCACCAAAGGUAGAUUGCCUGAAAUCAGUUUGGGUCAAGAUCUCCAAACAUUGCAUCCUGACCAGAACUCUGUGUGGUCAGAUACAUUUGAAGCUGUGCCUAAUGAGCCCCGUUGUUAAGUCCCAUGUGGAUGUCUUGCUGACGAACCCAAACUUUGGCCACGUCUGUUUUCCUUGUGCUAGCCCAUCGAUAUUGUACAGUGUUGAACAACUCAGCAUAUUUAAUCAUGUGAUUUGAUGGUCAAGUCACAUGAUCCAACGGGUGUUUCAUGUUAAAUUUUGUCGUUUUAGUCUUCUGCAGUAUUUUUAUUUGCUAGAAUAUUGUACUUUACUCCAAGUCCGUCUUUACCACAAGGUCUGUGUUGUAUAAUUCGUAAAGCACAUUGUGAAAAGGGUUGUGUUCAAAAAGAAAGCUGUUUAAAACUUGAGAAAAUCAUACACCCUCAGAAAGUUUACAAUUAUGCCAAGGGUUAAAGGUUUUAUUUCAGUUAUUGCUAAACUCAUGAAGUAAGUACUUUCCCGAAACAGGCUAUCUUAGAAUAUACAUAGCAAAGUUUAUGCCCAUAAACUAGUUGGGUCUAAAAUCAGCCACCGGUGAAAUGUGCUUGGCUUCAUUUUCAGCUUACAACAGUUCUUUGGUGUCUUAAUUUCUACAAAUAUGCAAGGACUUUUAUACAGUGAUUAAAAAGGCUUAGAAAUAACCUUGUACUUUUGACCCAUCUUUCUGCAAAGAUAAUACCUUUGGCCCCACUGUAAAGGAUUGUGCUUGGCUGCAGCCGAAGGUUGCGUUUUGUACAAAAUGCAAAUAUCCUGGCAUUUGUUAAGCAUUAUAUCCAUAAUGUACAUACCGUUCCUAGGUAGAACUUUUUGGAAGUAGACCUUAAGAAAACUGGGUGUAUAGUUGCCAUUUUAUGAGAAUAAAAAUGAGAUGUAAUCAAGGUUUGA